GAAAUUGUCAUACGUUGCUUGCCUACUUCCAAACCAACUAAUUCACACUGUUUCUUUUAUAAUUUUUUUCCACAUUUUGCCGACACGUAUAAUAUAUAGAUAUAGAUAGAUACACAUUUACUCCAAGCUUCGAAUCUCACACAGUCCUUUUCUUCAAUGGCGACACCAACCGCGAACCAUGUCAGCUCAUUUUCUUCUUUGCCUUCCCUUCAAUGGCUCGUCUCUUGCAUGUCCUGUAGGUAAUACCAGCUCUCUAACUGUGGUCAUUUGUACAGAACAGAAAUGGAGAGGAACAGAGCAUGCUCAACAUCGGUCUCUCGGUUUCUCUCUGAGUUUGUUGUGUUCGUCAUUACGACAAUCUUGGUUUUUAAUGUUGUUGAAGGAACUACUGAUCCGAAUGAUGGCACUUCAAGUGAUGUUCGCUUCGAUGAAUAGUCCCUCACAGCUAACCAGUUGGAAAUUCAAUGGUGGUGAUCCAUGUGGGGAGUCAUGGAAAGGGAUCACUUGCCAGGGCUCUGCUGUUGUGUCUAUUCAAAUUUCCGGGUUAGGAGUCAGCGGGACAAUGGGAUACUUGCUCAACAACCUUGCAUCAUUGAGAACACUGGAUUUGAGUGGAAACAACAUCCACGAUGCCAUUCCGUACCAGUUACCGCCAAACCUUACAAACCUAAAUCUUGCAAGCAACAACUUGAGCGGGAAUCUUCCGUUUUCCAUUAUUGGCAUGGCGUCUCUUAGUUAUUUGAACAUCAGCCGUAAUAUGCUAUCUCAAUCAAUUGGAGAUGUGUUUGCUAAUCAUUCUGACCUCGUGACUGUGGAUCUGUCUUUCAACAAUUUUACCGGAGAUCUACCCCCCUCCUUCGGUUCAUUGUCAAAUCUUUCUACCCUUCAUGUGCAGAACAAUGAAUUAAGUGGUUCUCUUGAUGUUCUGGCUAGUUUGCCUUUGAUGGAUCUAAAUGUUGCAAACAACAAUUUCAGUGGAUGGAUACCACAAGAUUUUAAUUCUAUCCCAAAUUUUGUAUAUAAUGGGAAUUCAUUUGAUAAUGGCCCUGCUCCUCCUCCACCACCGUAUACCCCACCUCCUCCUGGUAGAACUCAUAACAAUCGCAGCCAGUCUCCUCCUGGUGCACGUACACCCCAGGGCUUUGAUGGCCAAUCAUCCAAUCCAGACGGCGGGAAAAAAAAAAACUGGUUGACAACUGGACCUCUUAUAGGCAUAAUUUUAGGUUCUUCAUUGGUUGUUCUAUUUUCACUACUUGCACUUGUUUUUUGCCUUCGAAAGGGCAAAAGGAAGGAACUUGCUCCAAGACCCUCUGCGGGAAGUCUUCCUGUUAGCGCAGGUAAAGUGAAUACAGAGAUGCAAGAGCAAAGGGUAAAAUCUACAGCUACCGUUGUAGAUUUGAAGCCGCUACCUGCAGAGAAUGAGUUGGUUGAGAGGAUGCAAGGGAAAAAUGGAUCUGUAAAGAGAGUGAAGUCCCCUAUAACUGCUGCGCCUUAUACAGUUGCAGCUCUCCAAAUGGCAACAAAUAGCUUUAGUCAAGAAAAUAUUGUUGGUGAAGGCUCACUUGGUCGCGUUUAUAGAGCAGAAUUUUCCAAUGGAAAGAUAAUGGCCAUUAAGAAGAUCGACAAUGCAGCACUGUCACUGCAAGAGGAAGAUAAUUUUCUUGAAGCUGUUUCGAAUAUGUCACGCCUUAGGCACCCAAACAUCGUGCCACUGGCGGGAUAUUGUGCAGAGCAUGGGCAACGUCUUCUGGUUUUUGAUUAUAUUGGUAAUGGGAGCUUGCAUGAUAUGCUGCACUUUGCCGAUGAUAGGAGGGAGAUGUUGACAUGGAACGCACGUGUUAGAGUAGCACUUGGCACUGCUCGAGCUCUAGAGUACUUGCAUGAAGUAUGUCUGCCUUCUGUUGUACAUAGAAACUUCAAGUCGGCAAACAUUUUGCUGGACGAAGAGCUCAAUCCCCACUUGUCAGACUGUGGGUUAGCUGCUCUGACACCAAACACUGAGCGACAGGUUUCAUCAACUCAGAUGGUUGGUUCAUUUGGUUAUAGUGCUCCUGAGUUCACCUUAUCUGGCAUUUACACUGUAAAAAGUGACGUGUACAGCUUUGGGGUGGUAAUGUUGGAGUUGUUGACAGGUCGUAAGCCGCUUGAUAGCUCAAGGGUGAGAACGGAGCAGUCACUUGUAAGAUGGGCCACUCCUCAACUGCAUGAUAUAGAUGCCUUGGCAAAAAUGGUUGAUCCUGCUCUAAAUGGCAUGUAUCCUGCAAAGUCUUUGUCUCGCUUUGCUGACAUCAUUGCGCUCUGUGUUCAGCCCGAACCUGAGUUUCGGCCCCCCAUGUCUGAAGUUGUGCAAGCACUGGUUCGAUUGAUGCAAAGGGCAAGUGUGGUCAAAAGACGAUCCAGUGAUGAAUCAGGCUUUGUUUUCAAGACUCCUGAUCAUGAGGCAACUGACAUGUCAUAUUAGGUAUCCAGCCUUCCUAAUUUCAUUGGCAGCCUUUGCAAUUUUGGUAUGCAAUUAUGCAGAGUGAAGGGGGAUUAAAAUGCAAGUGGACUCGGGGCAAAAAGGUGUCGAAUCUUGAUCAAUAUCAGAUGAUGCCCGAAAAAGAAAAAGAUCAAUAUAAGAUCAAGAGAAUGUAAUUAUGUCACACAAUUUCAGUUGCAAAUCGCUUCUUUUACAGUUGAAGUUGAGGUAAAUAUUUCAAUAUUUCAUUUAAGAUACUCUUACAUUUGUAUGCAAUCGUUCAUAAAUGUCAUCGUGUAUGAGAUUAUUUAAGAAAAUAA